CACAACGCGAGUCUUUACAAUCGGGUGGAAUAAUUCAAAUCGAAAUUUUUAAAAAGUUUUUCCUGGGAACACCAGAAAUGUUCUUACCCAAAAACUAACUCAGGAAAUAAUAUGGACGUCGGAUUGGAUUCCGAUAUCCGUCUAUAUCUGCGGCCAUUAGCGUAUUCGAAUUAUUUUAAUAAUUCUGGGAAAAACGAAACAAAAUUUCUGGGAUGGAAUCUGCCAGUUGAGUCCCUGCAUAUGGUGCAUCCUUAUUGGCGUGGUUUUCUAGCUCCACCAACUUAUCACCAUGCCCUCUAUUUCAUCAUCUAUUUGGCCCUAUUUUCAUUCUCUAUUUUUGGAAAUGGAUUGGUGAUAUGGAUUUUCGGAACAUCGAAAUCGUUGCGGACACCUUCGAAUUUAUUUAUCAUCAAUUUAGCUGUUUUUGAUUUGUGCAUGGCUGAGAAUUCGUUGGUGUUUCUGGGGAAUUCCAUUUGGGGACGAAUGCUGGGCGAUGACUUAGGUUGUAAUAUUUAUGCAUUUAUGGGAGGAAUUGCAGGAGUUGGUGCUGCAAUUUCAAAUGCUAUGAUCGCUUUUGAUAGAUACAAAACAAUAUCAAGUCCAAUUGAUGGUCGUUUGAAUGCGUUUCAAGUGUCAAUGUUAAUUGUUGUUACUUGGUUUUGGGCGAUACCAUUUAAUUUGAUGGCAUUCCUUAGAAUAUGGGGUCGUUAUAUGCCAGAAGGCUACUUGACCACAUGUUCCUUUGACUAUUUAACCGAAGAUGAUGAAACUAAAAACUUUGGAUUGGGAAUUUUUAUUUGGGCUUACUUAAUUCCAAUGAUCAUCAUAUGUACCUUCUAUACCAAACUAUUUUUACAUGUAAGAGCUCAUGAAAAGAUGCUUGCGGAACAAGCUAAAAAGAUGAAUGUUAAAUCGCUGUCAGCCAAUCCAACAGCAAAUAGUGUCGAAAUAAGAAUAGCCAAAGCGGCCUUCACAAUUUACUUUCUUUUUAUUUGUGCAUGGACGCCUUAUACGAUGGUUUUCAUGAUAUCGAAUUUUGGUAAUCGAAAUCUUAUAACACCAUUUACAUCAAUGCUUCCUGCAAUGGCCGCUAAAAUAGUGUCUUGUAUUGAUCCAUGGGUUUAUGCAGUGAGUCAUCCUAAAUACCGUCUGCAGCUGGAAAAACGUGUUCCAUGGCUUGGAAUAACAGAAAAGAAUAUACCUCAAGAAACCGAAAGUAAAUCAACAACAAGUGAUGUUGAAACUGCAGCGUAAAAAAUUGAAAUUUUGCGAAGCGUAAAACGAAAAUAAGAUUAAUUUAUAAUUAUAUAAUAUAAGAUAGAUAUUUUAUUUAUUAAAGCAAUGAAUUACAAAAAUUCACAAAAAAAUACAAAAAAAAAAGACUAGAUUAGACAAAUAAAGUGCAUUCAAGAAAAUUGA